GGCUUUGGGCCAAAAAUCCGCGCUUGCAGGCUCGCAGGCAGCGGCGUCGUAACAAUAUCCCCACGUGACCGCCAUGAAAGCCUCUGUUCCAACCAGCCAGGCUCAGAGGGAGCGAAGAGAAACUUACAAGAGAUCGGAGAAGAGGCGCCUCUAGUCAAUUACGCACCGGAGGGAAGCCAAACCGCGGGGAUAUGAUACAAAAUUGACCAGAAGGGGCGGAAGAUACGGAUCUUGCAAAACUAUCCUCCACUCCCUCCACUUCUUUUUACUUUUCCCUAGUUCUGCUCGGCUCUCGUAUCACUCUUACCUCCUUUCUCUUCUUUUCCCCCUCGCCGCCUCUUUCCCGCUUUUGGAUGACUUUCUCCCCUCCUCCCCCCUCCUCCUCCCCUCCUGCGAAGGCUCCCCGAUCUCCAAGGUAACGUCGCUUGCAACAUGCCGGAGCAGAUCAGCGUCUCCGAGUUCGUGGCCGUGACUACGGAGGAUCUCAGCUCGCCGGCGGCUUCUGCCUUCACCUCCAAAAUGCAGAAGUGCCGGGGGGCCGUGGCGGCGCUGGAAGAGAGCCUGGAUGGAGACCAAGCCAUUCUCCAGCGGAUCAGGAAAUAUGUGAAAGCGAUUCAUGUUUCUGGGCUUACACAUGUGGAGAACGAGGAGCAGUACAGUGAAACUCUGGAGAACUUUGGCAACAACCACCUUUCGCAGAAUAAUCAUGAACUUUCCACUGGAUUCCUGAAUCUGGCUGUCUUCACCAGGGAAGUGACGGCACUCUUCAAAAAUCUGGUACAGAAUCUGAACAACAUUGUCUCCUUUCCUUUGGAUAGCCUGUUGAAAGGGCAGCUGAAAGAUGGCCGGCUGGAUUCCAAGAAGCAGAUUGAAAAGGCUUGGAAGGAUUAUGAGACCAAAGUAGCAAAGAUGGAAAAGGAGAAGGAGCGAGCCAAAAUAUCUGGAGUAAUCCAGGCUGAACCAUCUGCAGCAGAAAUUGCCGAGGACCUGCAGAAGGAGCGCCGUACUUUCCAGCUUCAGAUGUGUGAGUAUCUUCUGAAAGCUAGUGAAAGCCAAGUGAAGCAAGGCCCAGACUUUCUGCAGAGCCUUAUCAAGUUCUAUCAUGCGCAGCACAAUUUCUUCCAAGAUGGCUGGAAGGCAUCUCAGAACCUGUACCCGUUCAUUGAGAAGCUAGCUACAUCUUUACAUGCACUUCAUCAGGUGAAGGAAGAGGAGGUGAAGCAGCUCACUCGGAUCCGUGAUUCUCUUCGAGGAAUCCUGCAGCUAGAGAACAAGGGGGAAAACCUCAGCAGAAAGAACUCUGGCAGUGGUUACAGCAUCCACCAGCACCAAGGCAACAAGCAGUAUGGAACCGAGAAGUCGGGCUUUCUACACAAGAAAAGUGACGGGAUUCGGAAAGUGUGGCAGAAGAGGAAGUGUGGUGUGAAGUAUGGAUGCCUCACCAUUUCGCACAGCACGAUAAACCGCCCCCCUGUAAAGUUAAAUCUGUUGACCUGUCAAGUGAGGCCUCAUCCAGAAGAUAAAAAGUCCUUUGACCUUGUGACACAUAACAGGACUUAUCACUUCCAAGCAGAGGAUGAGCAAGAGUGUGUUGUAUGGGUCUCGGUGCUCCAGAACAGCAAGGAUGAAGCCCUCAGCAAUGCCUUCAAGGGGGACCCAGGGGGCUGCGUGUCUUCAGCUGGCAGCAUGGCAGAUGGAGGGCUGCAAGAACUCACCAAGCUUAUCAUUGGCGAGGUGAAGAACAUGCCAGGCAACAGGCAGUGCUGUGACUGCGGGGCCCCAGAUCCCACAUGGCUUUCCACCAAUCUUGGCAUUCUGACAUGCAUCGAGUGCUCAGGGAUCCACCGUGAGUUGGGGGUGCACUACUCCCGUAUCCAGUCUCUGACACUAGAUGUGCUCAGCACUUCCGAACUUCUGCUGGCUGUCAGCAUUGGAAACGCCAAGUUUAAUGAAGUCAUGGAGGCUACCUUGUCAGCACAAAGCAGCCCCAAACCCUCCUCAAGCAGCGACAUGAAUGCCCGGAAGGAAUUCAUCAUGGCAAAGUACAUGGAGCGCAAGUAUGUUCACAAAGCUGCUCAGGAUGAUCCUUGUCGCCUCUGGGAAGCCAUCAGGAGCAGGGAUCUCAUGGCUCUGCUUCAGGCCUUUGCAGAGGGUCACGAUCUGUCCAAACCUCUGGCCAGCCCCGAAGGCCAGGAACAAGGUGAACGGGCGUUGCAUCUGGCUGUGCGCUAUGCCAACAAGACCUCCCUCCCGCUGGUUGACUUCAUUAUUCAGAAUGGAGGAAACCUGGACAGGCCUACUCCAGAUGGGAACACAGCCUUACACUAUGGAGCCCAGUAUAAUCAGCCCAAUUGUAUCAAGCUGCUGCUGAAAGGGAAGGCCUCCACAAAUGCAGUAAAUGCAGCUGGUGAAACACCUGUGGAUGUGGCAAGGAGGUACAAGAAUGCGGAGUGCGAAGACCUGCUGGAGCAAGCGCAGGCGGGAAGGUUGGCUCCCCAGAUGCAUGUGGACUAUGACUGGGAAGCUCCUCAGGAGUUAUCUUAUGACAGUGAAGAUGACCUGGAUGAAAAGGUGAGUCCACUGCAGCGGUCUUUUGGGUCUUCUCCAUCUCCAACCACAGGCCACCCAGCCCUCUUCCCUCAAAAUAGGUGGAGUUGCACAGGUAUGGAUAUCAGCAACAAGACCUACGAAACCAUCCUCGUCCCCUCAAGGCCCGGCCUGUGGAGCUCAAACAGUGAAGAGAUGCCGCCGCCGCUGCCUAUCAAAAACCCCACCAGAGGAAGCGUCAAAGCAAAACCAGGGCAGAGCAUUGUGGGCUCCUCAGAGUCCUUGCCCCAAUCGCCAGACGUCCCUGAUGGUCGGCACUUGUCCACUUCCAGCGCUCCUGGUGUGCUGGACGGUGGCACAUCCCGGCAGCCCUCAAGCUUCCGUAAUUCAGUGGAAGUCAAAGGCACAGCCUACUGGGAAACUUGCUCUGAAAUGGAAGCUGGAUCCCAGCGCAGAAGAUCAGACUCCAGUCAAAUGACAGCGCUACAGCCUUCUCCUGGGACUUCUCCAGAACAAGGGCAAGCCAACCCGGUCAAGUUCAGCUCCGAGAGCACUCGAUCCUAUCGGCGGAUCAGUAGCGGCUCAGUGGGCAAGUUGUCCGGCACACCCCUUUCUCCGCAGAGCUCUGGUUUCCCAGACGAACUGCCUUCUUACAAGUCUCCGAUGCUGUCCCAGCUGCCUCCCCCGGUGCCAAUGCCGAGAAGAUUUGCUCCGGCCAAGGGACGGUUAAAGAGAGUCAUGGCUUUGGCCGACUGCAAGGGGGACAAGGCUCGGGAGCUGACUUUCUCCAAGGGCGAGGUGAUUGUGGUGAUGCGGGAGGAGGAUGAGCAAAGUUGGAUCGGUUUCAUUGAAGGCGAUGGCACAAGAACAGGUGUCUUCCCCUCCAGCUUUGUCCACCCUUUACAAGAGUGAUGGGACCUUUUUCGUUCACGUUUCAGCUGGAGAGCUGAGUUGGCAUGAGCUGCUUUGCGGACACAACACCAAUGCGCCCGGUCUCUUUAAGAGCCUGCUCUUCUCCAUGGGAUGCCAUCUGCUUAGUCACUUCCUUGGUGAUGUUGCUAGGAAGAAGCCAUUGGAUCUGGCUUUUGCUACUGUUUUAAUUUUUUUUAGUUUUUUAAAAUCAGGACCAGGAGAAUGAUGGAAGUUCUGUCGGUGCUUCUUGGUGGACUUCUUGUGGUUUCUUUUAAUCUAAGUUAGGCCAGCUGAGGGACCUUCUUGUUCAGUGCAGAGGCUCCAUCAUGAAAUCACCUUUGGCUCCAUUUGAUCUCUUGCUCAAGAGACUACACAUGUAGUUGGAGGGAUCCAGAUCCCUAAUGCGCAGUAUCUCAGCUUCCAUUAUGACGACAGCCAUGAGGGAUGGGAGCCUGCUUAGAGAAGUAUGUGAAAAUAUGCAGGAAUGCUGGAAGCUUGGAAAACCACAUUGGGCCUUUGGCAGGACUUCAUGCCAGGCAGAGCUUUUGCGCUUCCUGUCCCAGCCCUAUGGAGAUCCAAGUUCAUGUUGUCUUGCACCCAGUGGAGGCCAAAUAUCCUACCCUUGGAGGAUCAUUUCAUGUAUCUGGUCAUCCAGUGCAGGGUACCUGUAAUUCUGCUGUGUUUGCAGAGGAUUCUGGGAGUCUUGGUUGGUCCCAAUUGGCCUAGCCAACUGCGGAAGGGCCGUAAGCUCAGUGGCAGAGCAUCUGCUGUGCAUGCAGGAGGUUCCAGGUUCAGUCCCCGAUGGCAUCUCCAGGUAGGGCUGGGAGAGACGCUUGUGUGAAGGCCUGGAGAGCUGCUGCUACCAGUCAGUGUUGACAGUGCUGAGCUGGAUGCGCUAAUGUUCUGACUCUGCAUAAGGCAUGUUCCUACGCCUGUUAAGACACCCUCCCUGCAACUGUGUGCUGCUGGAGAAGGUGAAUAAGAGUGGGCAAAACUGCAGGGCUUGUCUCCACUAUACAGUAAAGUUAAGCUGGAUGCUUUGGGUGGCUGAAUCUGGGCACCUUUCAGGGAUUCAGUGCUCUCCCGGGAUAGUCACCAUUUUUAAAGCCCGAUCCCAUGGAAAUCGCUGCUCUCCAAAUGAAGAAGGAUAAACGAAAGCCAGAACUGAAGCCUGGUAUUUGAUAAAACAAGGUUUUUCAAAGUACGUUGGCCCUUGUGGGAAGUGGGGGCGUUUGUAGCUCUGCUUCAGUCUGCGAAAUAUCUUGGCAUCGACCAACUUGUCUGCCUUUUUCACUCAAAGAAUAUAUAGGAGUCAUAGAAUGUUGACAUUGGAAGGUACCGACUUCAUCUAGUCCACCCUGCUGCUCAGUGCAUUAUCCCAGCUACAGCAUCCUGGACAGAUGGCCUCUGCUUUAAACACCUCCUGCAGAGGAAAGUCCACCACCUCCCAAGCAUGUCAAGAAGCUCUAACCAUUAUGAAGUUUCUCUUAAUGUUUUGCCGAAAUCUGCUUCCUUGUGACUCCCACCCAUUGGUUCUAGUCUUGCCCUCUGGAGCAACAGGGAGCCAAUCUGCUCAAGUGUACAUAACAGAAUGCCCAGUCAAUUUCUGUAGAAUCUGAGAGUUCUGUCAAGUAACUGUUACCCCCACUGCCACUUUGGAGGUUCUCCAGGUUAGAUCCAAGCUUAGUUGGUUGGAUUUGGGCACCAGCCAGCACUGGGAUCCAUUGGGGCUGAGAGGGUGGAAGGCAUAGACGCCAACAGUAGGCAGAGCCAGAGCCAAUGACAUGCACUAAUUCUAAUUUUGUCCCAAUCCUCCUUGCUGCUGCGUUGCAUAAAGACUACGGAAGAGGCUGCCAGCCAGAGCCACACUCUGGGCUGGUGUAAGUAAGGCAGGUAGGGCUGACUGAAGUUAGUGGGGCUCUGCCGCAUUCACCUUAAACUGACUAGACUCCCCUAUAAUGGAUACCACUGAAAUCAGUACGGCAAGUAAAGGCAUGAUGCAACUAAAUUCCCAUUGAAAUCAAUGGGAAUUAAAGGUAACUCUCUGAAGUCUGGAUCCACCCCAAUAUAUUUAGAGCAGCACAGCCAGUUUGGAAAGCGUCCUUGCAGAGUACAAAUGCCCCCCUUUUGUCCCUCUCUCGUGUCAAGCUCCAAAAAAUGGAUUCUGAUUGUCUGCAACAUGGUUAAGUUUUGACCAAAGAAAAGCAGCUGUGAAAGAUGCCAGCAGGCUAGUAUUUAUGCUGUCUCCGGUGCAUCUCUUCUUCCUUGCCUGCCUCCCAAAUCUUGAUAGCAGGUUUGCAACUGUUUUUUAAAUGUUAGUAUUCUUUAUUUUAAAAACCCUGAACACAUGCACACAUAAAUGUGCAUGCACCAAUUUCAAUAUUUUUAAAGAUGGUUAGCCCGCCUGAAGGAUGAACGAGUGGUCAUCGUGCUAGCAGUACCUCUGCCAUUGAAAUGGCAACUCCAGGCUGGCUUUCAUUACAGGUAAACAACCCACGGCGACUGUUCUUUUAAAUGCCACGUCUAGUCUUUCCCCGCGUAUUCGCCAGUCUGGUUUGACCUGUUUUAAAGAGAAACAAUAUCGCUGUACAUGCUGCGUCCUUUUCUGCAGUUCAGGGCAAUCUUUAAAUAGCCAGUUCCUUUUCACAGUGAGCACCCUGCAGAUUUCUUUGCAGAUUUGCAAAGAAUGAAUGAAUAAUGUGGGUGCAUCAGCCAGCGGAGGCUUUUCUGGUUCCAGAAUGGAAUCAAACCAGGCACCAGAUGUAACACAAUCUAAGCAGACAAAGCUGCUUUUAAGCUUCCUUUUCAGCCAUGAACACAGCUAGAACCAAAUUCAUGAUAUUGCUCAGCUACCACCUGUAGGUGAGUAGCUCAGUGGUAGAGCAUCUGCUUUUUUCUGUCACUGCUUGGAGAGGCCCAGGCAUCCCCAAGUAGGAUAGGGAAAGAUUCUGUGUCUGAAACCAUGGAGAGCUAGUGCAAUUCAGUAUAGGCAAUAGUUGUCCAGGGUCUCAGGGGGCCUUAGGCCCCUUACUUUUUUUUUUGGAGCAGGGACCCCGCAGAUUCCCUACGUCUCCUACAUCCUACAAGCCAAUCAGUAUGAAAGGGAAGUGUGUUAGCCAUUGAGAAGAGUCUUCUACAUGCUUCUUUGUCCUUUCCUGCUGAUUGGAGCCAAUCCGCAUGAAAGAAGGUGUGUCAGCCACUGGGAAGACCCUUCUCAGUAGCUAACACUCUCCCCUUUCAUGCUUAUUGGCUCCUAGGGACGUCUUUUGUUUUGAAGAAGGCAUUAGAAGGGAUCUCAUUCUCAACCCAGCAGCAAAAAAAAGGGAGAGGAGGCAUGGCUGUGACUCUCAUGAAGAGACCCUGCACUUCUGAAUUUGCUGCUACACUACUGGGAAGAAGGGAUCGAGGGACAAGAGGCAUUAUACUAAUUGCUGUGUACAUGUGCUUCUGUUUUGCUGUACUGUACACAACAGGUGUGUGGAACUCAUUGGCGCAGGAUAUGGUAAAGACUAAUAGGUCAAUUAGGGCAUGUUUCAGUUUGUGUGUUUGUGUAGUUUUUUGUUUUUUAAAAAACUGACCAAACACAUGAAUGGCAGGAAUAUUAGGGCUGACCGUGAAUGAAUAGGAAACUCCAUUUUUAUGAUCAAGCAAGGAGUUGUGUGUGUAUUCUGUGCAUGACAGAAUCUGGCUUCUGGCACAAAUUAUGUCUUCCUAAAUAUCUCAGUGCUUCCUCCGUUUCUUUAAAAUAUUGCUUUCUAGUCCUCUUGAAGACAGAGAAAUAGGAACAUAUAAGUGGGGCCUGCAGCAGAAUGUUGCAGUACAGGAUGCUUCUUGUUCAGGAUUUCAGCCACUGGCAUAGCAAUUCUUGUACUCUAUCCCAAGCCUUUCCUUGCUGGCCAGUGGCACUUAAGAUCAAUAUUUAAAUAUGUAAUUAUUUAUUGUGCAGAUAUGGGGCUAACAACCAUGUUGGGCUAGCGGGCACAUUUAGAACUUUGAAGAAAGUGCCACGGGCCACAAACUGGCUGUUGUGAGGGCAUGACAGAAGGGCUUCAAGGUAGGAGGGGCUGAGCCAGAGGAAAAAGGAAGAGCAAACAAUCUCUGGUAUAUUGUGGAUUUUUGAGGGGAUAUUUGCCAAGCCCUUUUUGUGAGUGCCAUAGUACUAGUGGGUACACUGAAGCCCGCAGGUGCCACACAGGGGACCCCUGGCAUAGACAUUUACAUCUUCGGUAAUACUUUGAGGUAUCCUGUUUCCUUCCUCAAACGUGGGUCAGCGUUAGGGAUUGUGCUGCAUCCCCCCCCUUUCCCAAACUAAUGAAAGCAGGGCCGGCCACAUGGUUGGGCAGAGUGAGGCAGCACACAAAUAUUUGGUUCUGUGGUUGCCUUCCUGGACCAACAUAUUCUUCACCUGCUAUGGGGCACAUACCAAAAAGUCUGCUGCUCUCUAAAAUAUUGCAGGUUUUUUUUUCUAAGAUAAAAGUUGGUGAGAGGUAACUUUAUGUUCAAUAUUCCAUCUGAAAAUGUAUUUUUUUGUUCCCCUUUAUCUUGGUUUCUAAUAAAGGUUUUGUUUUGUUUAAAUAAA